AUGCAAUGGAAUCACAUGAAUACCAUCUAUCUCGUCAUUUUCGUACUCUUUCACUUUUUGACAUUGAUUAAAAGUGAAAAUUCUACAGUGGUUUAUUCAGAAUACCCAUGGUUACGCCUCCCGCCCACACCUCAACUUCCUUAUCCUGAUCAUGGUCAAUAUGCACAAAUCAAUAAUAUUAGCAUAUGGUACACUAUUUAUGGGCCAAAAAAUGGUGUGCCUGUUCUUUUCCUUCAUGGUGGUCUUGCUAAUAGUGACUAUUGGGGACUACAAGUUCAACAACUUCAGAGUACUUACAAAUGUAUUCUAAUGGACUCUCGAGCACAAGGUCGAAGUCCAUCAUCGUCUGCCAAUAUUACAUACGAUCUGAUGACUGCAGAUGUUGUUAGUUUACUUGAUUAUCUUGAUUUGAGUAAGAUUCACCUUGUUGGUUGGAGUGAUGGAGCGAAUAUUGGUCUUAAUCUAGCAAUGAAUCAUCCUGAUAGACUAUAUUCAUUAUUUGCAUUCGGUGCGAACUAUAAUUCAUCUGAUGGAAAUGACACCUCUAUGCCACCUGUUUUCGCUGCUUAUCUUAAACGCACUCAAGCUGAAUACGAAGCAUUUAAUCCCAACAAGCAAUAUGAAAUUUUGUUCAAUGAUAUACUAACAAUGUGGACUAAUUAUUCAAAAUGGACAAAAGUCGAUUUUGAAAAAAUUCCUACCGAUUUACCCAUUUGGAUUGUAGAUGGUGAUCAUGACGAAGUUAUCAAUAGAGAACAACCAGACACGAUGACUAGUUGGAUUCCACAAGCUGGAGAAUUGAUAUUGCCAAGAACGAGUCAUUUUGCAUUUCUACAAGAGCCUACUAGGUUUACUACAGCUUUAGAACAAUUUUUGGCUGAAGUAACUAAUACGACAACUUGUUCGAAUUAUCGUUUGAUAUGUAUUAACAAUUGCUCGAAAAUAUCAGUCGACUCAUUCUAUACUCUAAUACUUAUCUUUGCAUUUCGAUUGAUGCUUGGAUAUGCUAAUUAA